GGUGUUAGAUGGUUUAACUAACUACUAGAUCAAACAGUGUGAUAAGGUGUAAAUGAGAUCUUUAUGUUUUCAGGCAAAGAUGAGGUUACAUCUUGUCCCUGGCAAUGGCAAAUGAACAGUCACCACAAAAGCAACUUGAAUGUCACCCUCACUAUUUACAGAAUAAGUAUGACCAUGAACUACGGACAGGACCUCCGUCCCUUUGCUGUUGUAAACCUCACUCAAAUAACAGAUUUAAUGUGACAGCUAAUAUGACUGCAGUGCUUGAGAGGUUUCAAUUUGGCCCACUACUGUUUUAUUGCAGAACAAAAUAGAGAGACUGCAAUAAAUUGUGGGAGUCGAACAGGUUUGUGUUGACAGAGCAAGUUAGCUACACGUGAAGACACUGCAACCAUUACUGUACUGAAUUCUGAAUUUAAAGGCAAAUCUUGCAUUCUGAAGAUGUCAAAGCCAGCAGGAGGAACGGGCGUGGCAAUUAGGAAGAGAUCCAGAGUGCCUGGUGUUAUGAUCACACAGUAUGUUGAGGAACUGCCACCUGGAUUCACUACUCCUGAUUUCAUCAGAAAACCCAUAGCCUUAACGAUACAGGAAGGAAAACUGGCCUUUUUCAAAGCUGUUGUUAAUGGAAAUCCAGUACCGGAAGUUUCAUGGGGACGUAACAAGGGAGACCUCUCUAAUCCAACAAAAUAUAUUUCACGAUAUGAUGAGAAGAAUGAAGAAUAUAUUCUAGAGAUACCAAAUGUAGAUUCGGAUCAAGCAGACACAUACAAAUGUAUUGUUAUAAAUCCAUUUGGAAGAGCGAUUUGUACCGCUGCACUGAAUGUCAUUGAGGUUGGAUUCAAGAAAAGAGAGCCAGCCCCCAAAAGUGACCCUGAGGACUUCAGAAAAAUGCUGAAGAAAACGGUUGUGAAGAGAAGGCAAAAACAAACAAAAGAGGGAGAAAUCGAUCCAAGGUUCUGGGAGGUGUUGCUGAGUGCAGCCAAGAAAGAUUAUGAGCGGAUUUGUCAGGAAUAUGGAGUAACCGACUUCAGGUGGAUGCUGAGAAAACUGAACCAGAAGAAGAAGGAAAGAGAGGCAGAACAGUUGAAGUAUGUUGAGAAAAUUCACAGCGUGAAACAGAUUGAGGUAAAAACAGAUGGCACAGCAGAAUUUGAACUCGACAUGAAGUUGAAGGAUCCUAGCAGUAAAAUCCUCCUCUACAAAGAUGGGGAAAUGCUUGACUAUGGAGAUGGAACUGAUGAUGCCACAAAACAUAAUAUGCAGAAAUUUGGUGAAACAUACUUGUUCAGCAUUAGAGAUGUUGGCCCAGAAGAUGCUGGGCUUUAUCAAGUGGAUGUAGAGGAGGCGAACAUGUUCUCAACUUCCCUAACACUGCCUGAUGUGGAGUUUAAUGACAUGCUGAAAAACACUAAAGUGGUUGAGGGACAGGAUGCAAUGUUUGAGUGUGCUUUAUCGGACCCUGUACCACAAAUCACCUGGUGUGCCAAUGACAUCUCUGUUGAGCAUGGGGACAAAUAUGACAUCACAGUGUCAGAAGACAAGCAAGUCCACAAACUAACAGUGAAAAACUGCACAAAAGACGACAAUGGAGUCUACACGGCUAUUGCUGGGCUCAGGUCAAGCCAGGGGACUUUGGUUGUGGAAGAUGAUCCCAAUGGCCGUGGGAAAGGUGCAGAUGAACUAGCCAGACGUUUAGCUGAGGAGAAAGACAGACUGCAAAGGGAAAAAGAUGAGGCAGCCAGAAGGGCACAGGCUGAAAAAGAUGAAGCAGCCAGGAAGGCCCAGGCUGAAAGAGAUGAGGCGGCCAGGAGGGCUGCCGAACAAGAUAAAGAAGCCAGGAAGGCACAGGCUGAGCGAGACGAGGCGGUCAGAAAGGCUCAGGCCGAGCGAGAUGAGGCGGCCAGAAAGGCUCAGGAAGCGCAAGAUGAGGCAGCCAGGAGAGCACAAGCUGAAAAAGAUGAGGCAGCCAGAAAGGCCCAGGAAGAGCAAGAUGAGGUGGCCAGGAGGGCACAGGCCGCGCAAGAUGAGGCAGCCAGAAAGGCCCAGGAAGAGCAAGAUGAGGCGGCUAGGAAAGCAAAAGCUGAAAAGGAUGAGGCAGCCAGAAAGGCCCAGGAAGAACAAGAUGAGGCGGCUAGGAGAGCAAAAGCUGAAAAGGAUGAGGCAGCCAGAAAGGCCCGGGAAGAGCAAGAUGAGGCGGCUAGGAGAGCACAAGCUGAAAAAGAUGAGGCAGCCAGAAAGGCCCAGGAAGAGCAAGAUGAGGCGGCUAGGAGAGCAAAAGCUAAAAAGGAUGAGGCAGCCAUAAAGGCCCGGGAAGAGCAAGAUGAGGCGGCUAGGAGAGCACAAGCUGAAAAGGAUGAGGGAGCCAGAAAGGCCCAGGAAGAGCAAGAUGAGGCGGCUAGGAGAGCAAAAGCUAAAAAGGAUGAGGCAGCCAGAAAGGCCCGGGAAGAGCAAGAUGAGGCGGCUAGGAGAGCACAAGCUAAAAAAGAUGAGGCAGCCAGAAAGGCCCAGGAAGAGCAAGAUGAGGCGGCUAGGAGAGCAAAAGCUGAAAAGGAUGAGGCAGCCAAAAAGGCCCAGGAAGAGCAAGAUGAGGCGGCUAGGAGAGCACAAGCUGAACAAGAUGAGGCAGCCAGAAAGGCCAAAGCAGAGCAAGAAGCUGCUGAAAGGAUGGCAGCCAUGGCGGCAGGGAAAGGAGGUGGACAAAAUGGCAGUGGAGGAUCUAGCAUGGGAGAUGGAAAUGAAGGUGAUGGAACAGGGAAGAACAGAAAAGGAGGAGAUGGUACCUUGAGAGAUGGAAAAGGAGAUGAGUUUGAUUUAGACGGAACAGGUGGCGAUAAGUCAGGUGAUAAGGCCAAGAAGCGUGUGAGAGUCGGUGAACUGGUUCCUAACAGCAUCAUAGGCCAUGGAGUCCACUUCCUGAACGGGAUGUCAGAUACUGCAGCCAACAUUGGAGAAUCAGCAGAGUUGUCCUGCAAAAUUAACAGUGAAGAUAAAACUGGAUUAUGGUACAAAGAUGGAAAAAAGUUAGAGUCCAAGGAUGGCUUUACAAUUGUCAAAGAUGGAGCUCAUCACAAACUAAUCAUCAAUGACUGCCAAGAAAGAGAUGCUGGGAAAUACAAGUUUGAGGUAGAAGGACGUAAAUCAGAGGCUACAUUAAUUGUUCAAGAUCCACCCAAAAUUGAUGCAGAUACCUUGAGUAAAUUCUCAGAGCCUGUUAUUGUGAAAGCUGGAGAAAAUGCUUCCUUCAAGCUACCAUUUUCAGGAAAAGAACCAAUUAAGAUUCAGUGGUUUAAAGAGGAUGAAGAGUUGCUGCAGGGUCACAGUGUCAAGAUUGAAAAGUCUUCAGCUCAUACCCGUCUACUUCUUACUAAGUGUCAGCGCAAAGACACCGGAGAGAUAAAAAUCAAAAUCAAGAAUGAAUUUGCCACUGUAGAGGCAACAUCAAAACUUAUUGUACUAGACAGGCCAACUCCACCACAAGGACCUAUAGAAACUGUAGAAAGUUCUUUGUCUGCCAUUGAGUUUAAAUGGAGGCCCCCAAAGGAUGAUGGUGGUUGUCCACUGACUAAUUACAACCUGGAGCGGCAGCAGCUGGGACGAAACACCUGGAGUAAAAUUGGUGACAUUCCUGGACAGCCUACCUACAGAGACACAAACAUAGAUUGUGGCCGAAAGUACUGCUACAGGAUCCGGGCAAAAAACUCUGAGGGCUUCAGUGACGUCAUGACAACUAAUGAUAUUGCAGCUGGCACUUUGGCAUUCCCUGGCUCUCCUGCUCCUCCUAAAAUAGUCAGCGCCUUUAAAGACUGCAUUAACUGUGCCUGGCUUCCUCCCUCCAGCACUGGAGGGGGCAGUAUCAUUGGCUACAAUUUGGAAAAGCGCAAAAAGGGCAGCAAUGUUUGGAGUCAAGUAAACCCAAAAGAUGAUCCAAUCAGAGACAAAAAAUAUGCAGUAAAAGAUGUCAUUGAAGGUGCGGAGUAUGAGUUCAGAGUGUGUGCUAUUAACACAUGUGGCCCUGGAGAACCAAGUGGGCCGUCUGAAUGUGCAAUUGCAAGGGACCCCAAAAAGCCUCCUGGUAAGGUCAAAGACCUCAAAAUAACUGGAUCGAGCUACACCAGUCUUUCUCUUUCCUGGACUAAACCUACAGAAGUCAAAGGUGAGGAAGAUGAAGCAAAAGGCUAUUUUGUGGAAAUCAGGCACGCAGACCAACUCGAGUGGAGUCGUUACAAUUUAAACGCAGUGAUUCAGACUUCCUUCACUGUUCUGGGAUUGAAGUCAAUGGCCAUGUAUUGGGUUAGAGUGAUCGCCACCAAUGAAGGAGGAGAGGGGCUUCCACAGAGCUUUGACAAUUACAUCAUCGCCAUGCCUCCUCCAGUAAAGCCAAAGUUCACUGACAAAAAAAUGAAAAGCUUUAUGGUUGUUAAAGCUGGAAACACAGUUCGUGUCAGCGUCAGUUUUGAGGCCUCUCCUUUACCAGACAUCACGUGGCUAAAGGAUGGUGUUCCAGUAGCCAAACAUGUGACGAUUACUAAUUUUGAAAAAGGUUCUCAGCUAUUUAUUUACACAUCAGAGCUGUCUGACACUGGCAUCUAUAUGGUCAAUGUGAAGAAUAUGGUGGGCCAGGACACCUUCGCUAUUGAAAUAAGAGUCACUGAUGACCCCAAGCCUCCAGGUCCAGUAGAACUGGAACAGAAUGUCCAUGGCACCGUGACUCUGUCAUGGACUCCUUCUCCCGACGAGAAACAAGACAACCAUCUGCAUUACAUGGUGAUGAAGCGGGACUCUGUCAAGCAAACAUGGCGCACAGUGGCUGACCGCUUGUUUAACAACAAAUUCACAGUCAUUAACAUCUUGCCUGGGAGAGAGUACAAUUUCAGAGUGUUUGCCAAGAAUGAUAUAGGUCUCUCAGAGCCAUCAGUGUCUCCAGUUUGGGGAACCACCAAACAAAGAGAAAAAUUCACAUAUAACAUGCCUGUAUCAAGGACCCUCGACUUCCAGGCACCCCCCAAAUUUAUUGUCUCUUUGAAACUUCACACUGCUCCGCCGGGUUAUGAGUGCUACAUGAGCUGUGCAGCUACGGGCAACCCAACCCCACAUAUUACCUGGUACCAUAACAAUGUCAGCCUCAACACGAACCCCAACUACUACAUAACAAACGUGUGUGGUGUUUGUUCACUGCUCAUCCUGAAGGUUGGACCCAAAGACAUGGGAGAAUACACAGUUGUAGCCGAAAGCCCUCUUGGUCAUGAUGAGUGCUCCACCAAACUUAUAGUCAAAGAGUGAAGAAAGGACGACUUUAAAGAACAGUUUGUGCGAUCAUAUUUCUUGUGAAAUAAAUGUUAUAAUUGAUGUGGUCUUAAGAAAGAAAUAAAAAAGAUAUCUCAUAACA